CAAGGAAGUGUCCUAACUGUAUAGUAAACCGCCGGCUCCUGCUGAAACUUUCCUUCCAUUAUAUAUUGCAGCGACAGGCAGGAGCGAGCAGCUGCCAUCAUCAGCCCAGGUCCAGGACUAGAGCCACACGAUGAGCGCAGCCAAGGACACCACACAAGCAUCAUCUGCUGCUGCUGCAGGAACUGAAGGCCAGCAUGACACCGGUGCUGCCAAGGCCUUUUAUGACAGCAUUGCCUCCAAGAAGAAGCCCAAGCUGCCCAAGCCCCAGAAUGCGAUCACCAUCGCUGUGUCAUCCCGGGUUCUGUUCAACAUGGUGAAGGAGAGGAAGAUGUAUGAAGAAGAAGGGGUGGAGAAGUAUGUGAUCUACCAACAGGAACACGAAGAGGAACCUCUCGAGACUGGGCCUGCAUUUCCCUUCGUGAAGGCUGUGGAGGAGGUGAACAAGCAGCUGUAUUUGCUUUAUCCGGAUAGUGAAGAGCUCUUUGAUAUUGUACUGAUGACCAAUAACCAUGCCCAGGUCGGUGUACGGCUCAUAAACAGCAUCAACCACUAUGGUUUGAAUAUUGAACGAUUCUGCAUGACGGGAGGGAAGAGCCCGAUCGGGUACCUAAAGGCGUACCUCACCAACCUGUACCUAUCGAAGGAUUCAGAGAAGGUACAAGAGGCCAUUCAGGAAGGAAUUGCAGCCGCCACUAUGUUUGUUUCCAAACGAGACAUUGUUCUACCCGAGAAUGAGCUGAGAGUGGCUUUCGAUGGGGACGCUGUCCUGUUUUCUGACGAGUCCGAGCAGAUUGUUAAAGAACAUGGUUUGGACACUUUCUUUGAACAUGAAAAACAAUUUGAGAACAAGCCACUGGCACAGGGUCCACUGAAAUGCUUUCUAGAAGCACUAGGUAGACUUCAGAGAAAGUUCUAUGCUAAAGAUGCCCGUCUGAAGUGCCCCAUAAGGACCUAUCUUGUGACUGCCAGGAGUGCUGCCAGCUCUGGUGCCCGAGUCCUGAAGACCUUGCGUGCCUGGGGUCUGGAGGUGGAUGAAGCACUUUUCCUUGCAGGGGCUCCCAAAGGACCAAUUUUAGACAAGAUUCGACCUCAUCUUUUCUUUGAUGACCAGAUGUUCCACAUAGAAGGUGCCCAAGAACUGGGUACAAUUGCAGCUCAUGUUCCUUACGGGAUCGGUCAAAAGUAUCAUAAAUCAACUUUAAAGGAGGAAGCCAAGAAGGAACCAGAAAAGAAAUAAAGAAUGUUCUUCUUUUUAAGCACACUUGUAUGUAAAUAGUAUGGUAUCUUCUGUAGGUGUUUUUAUGAUUAAGCAAAUGAUCCCAAUCCACUGUUUGAGUUAUGUAAGAAAUCGAUCAUUGGCCUUGAGGAAGCUACGGAUGGACAGAUGCCUCACCAACCAUAACUAUCUACUCAUCCUUGAAGCCACAGUUUUGUUGGCACUAUGGAAGGGGUCCAAUCCUUUCCUGUUGGAAGGUAGAAUAAUUAUUAUCAACAUGUUUGAUGGCAAACCUUUAGAAAAGCUCUCAAUAUCCUACCAACAAUGGCUCAAUGAUUGGAUCAGGUAGAAAAAUUGGGUUACUUAUCAUUAACUGUGGCCUACUUGUAUUGAAGACAACCAUUUUGUGGAGUCUUUUAUAGCCUUUCAACCAAUUUUUAUGGAAAUCAGUAGUGUAUUUUGUCCAUCAUGAUAAAUGGGUGUCUUCAGUUAAAGGUUAAAUAAGGUGUUCUCCUUAAAAUAUAAACAUAUAACUCCUAAACCUACAAGUUAUAAAGUUGUCCCUGUCAAGAGGUUAAAAAGUCUUUUCUGCUGCUUCCUAGAGAGGAAAUACAGAAUGCUAUGAAUUCAACACCAAUGAGUCAUGAUGGCCAAAAUAUGGCUGCAGUUACUUAGCUUGUGGACAGUGGUUUGGUCCAAAACAUGGCCAUUUUUUUCUUUUAGAAAACUUGGAAACUGAUUGAUUAAAAAUGGUAGUGAUAUAUAAUAAAAAAAAUUGAUGAAGCAUCUUACCUCUGAGCUAUCCUAAUGGCCUUCUAUUGGAUAGGCUUUCAAAAAGUUUCCCAUUACCUAAGACUGUGGACUCCAACCUGGUGGUUGAAGACCAUUGGUCUAAGCGGACAUGAUCAUAUAUGUUCCCUGUAGAUUUAGCACUGUAUAAAUGCAAGACAUUUCCUAUAGGACCAAUGGGAAAGCAUUCAAGAAAACUGAUAGAGCUGAGCACAAACAUGUGGAGACAAAUAGGGUAGCCCUGGUGGUAGGACAUUGCUUUUUUAUUUUAUUUUUUUUCUAUAGUGUAGGGUUUUACGUUGGUGUAUAAUCUUUAUUUGGACCACCCAAGUGGUGGCACUUCUACUUGUAAAGUUUGCUUUCUAUAUGGUCAGGUAACUUUGGUGCCUUCACCUACCCUCAACCUCUAUAAAUCCGGGCCUUUAUGUGAUAUUAUCAUGAAUGUAAUCUAUUAUAUUCUUAGCACUGGGAUUGUGGCUUACAUUUUUUACAGGCUGCAAUACAAGCUUUUUGAAUAGGAAACCAGUAUUGAAGAGUGAACUCCACUAUGAUAAGUUUAGGUCGGGUUGCUUAUUUGAUUGUUCUAAGAUUCUACAAUCCAUGGAAGAUACCGUACAUCGAGGAUAAUUCAAGAUGCAUCUGCACCUAGAUGCAGCAGUGUCCGGUAGAAUAUUUAUGCUGACUUCCAAUAAAUCUAAACAUCUAUUUUUUCUCAUGGAGUUCUUCUUAGGCUACUUUCACACUUGCGUUUGGUGCAGAUCCAUCAUGGAUCUGCACAGACGGAUCAGUUCAGAUAAUACAAACGUCUGCAUCCGUUCAGAAC